AACGACAGACGCACAGUCGCUGGGCCUGUCUUUUCCGAGGCGUACGGAAGAACGGUGUCGCUCCUCCUAUGACGCGAAAACAACUACGACUUUAAGGAUCGGGAGACGCGAAGGACUGAAGGACGCAGUCUCUGGCCCUGUAUUUUGGGAAUUGGACGGAUUGACAGGAAUGGAAACUGGAAGUGGAAAUCAAGAAAAAGCACUGGAAGAGGAAAGCACUGAAAAGAAAAAAGAAGUAGAAAAAAAGAAAAGGUCUCGGGUAAAACAGGUGCUUGCAGAUAUUGCAAAGCAGGUGGACUUCUGGUUUGGAGAUGCAAAUCUUCACAAGGAUAGAUUUCUUCGAGAGCAGAUAGAAAAAUCUAGAGAUGGAUAUGUUGAUAUAUCACUUCUCGUGUCAUUCAACAAAAUGAAAAAAUUGACCACUGAUGGAAAGUUAAUAGCCAGAGCACUGAAAAAUUCAGCUGUUGUAGAGGUAAGAAUUGUUACAACUUAUUAUGUCACAUUAUAUUGUAUUAGUGUAUUAACCUUAUUUACUGUUUUAAAGCUGGAUUUAGAAGGCACCCGAAUCAGGAGAAAAAAGCCUCUGGGUGAAAGACCAAAGGAUGAGGAUGAGCGGACUGUGUAUGUGGAAUUACUUCCCAAAAAUGUUAAUCACAGCUGGAUUGAAAGGGUAUUUGGGAAAUGUGGCAAUGUUGUUUAUAUAAGUAUACCACAUUAUAAGUCUACUGGAGAUCCAAAGGGAUUUGCCUUUGUGGAAUUUGAGACAAAAGAACAAGCAGCAAAAGCUAUUGAGUUUCUUAAUAACCCACCGGAGGAAGCACCAAGAAAACCUGGUGUAUUUCCCAAGACAGUGAAAAACAAGCCCAUUCCUGCCCUUAGAGUAGCUGAAGAAAAGAAAAAGAAAAAGAAGAAGAAAGGCCGAAUGAAGAAAGAAGACAGUAUCCAGACCAAAGAGUCAAAUAUGGACCCAAGCAAGGAAAGCAUCUGUAAAAAAAGGUCGAGGACCACAUCUGAGGGCUCUGAAGUAGAGGUUACUGAAGCCCAAAAGCCACCCACAAAGAAGAAGAAAAAACGAGAAAGAACUGAAGUAUCCAGCUUACCUUUAGGCAAAACAGGGAAGAGAAAGAGAAGUAGCUCUGAAGAUGCAGAUUACCUAACUCCCAAAUCAAAACUUAAAAAAGUGGCUCAGAAAGACAUUAAAAAAGCUUCAGAAGUUUGUAAAGAAAACAAAGAAUUAGAAGUCUCUACUGAAGAGGAAAAAGACACUGGAGAUAUAAAAGAUGGAUCCCUCUUGAAAGCAAAAAGAAAGCAUAAGAAAAAACAUAAAGAGAGGCAUAAAAUGGGAGAAGAGGUUAUACCAUUACGAGUACUAUCAAAGACCCAAUGGCUGGAUUUGAAAAAAGAGUAUUUAGCACUGCAAAAAGCUAGCAUGGCUUCUUUAAAAAAAACAAUAUCCCAAAUAAAAUUAGAGUCAGAAAUGGAAACAAACCAUGGAGUACCUACUAAGUCCGAAAUGAAAAAUGAAAAAACAGACAGUGAAGAGGGUGGUCCCCAGGAGAAGGUUAAUGCAGCAGGACCACAGUUUGUGAGUGGUGUGAUUGUGAAGAUCAUUAGCGCUGAGCCUUUACCUGGCAGGAAACAAGUCAGGGAUACUUUGGCAGUAAUCUCAGAAGUUGUUUAUGUUGAUUUGCUGGAAGGAGAUACAGAAUGCCAUGCUAGAUUUAAAACUCCUGACGAUGCUCAAGCGGUAAUAAAUGCAUAUACGGAAAUUAAAAAGAAACACUGCUGGAAACUAGAGAUUCUUUCUGGUGACCAUGAACAGAGGUAUUGGCAGAAGAUUUUGGUAGAUAGGCAGGCCAAACUUAAUCAGCCUCGUGAAAAGAAAAGAGGCACUGAGAAGUUAAUCACCAAAGCCGAAAAGAUCAGACUCGAAAAGACUCAACAAGCAAGUAAACACAUUAGAUUUUCUGAAUAUGAUUGAAAAAAACAUUUUGGUUCACCUCUUAAGAUUUCACUGGAUGCUAGAGCUAUUCUUAGGGAAUUCUUUUUUUUUUUUUUUUUACGAUAGUAAUGUGUAAUGAAUGUUUUUCUAAAACCUACAUUUAAUUAAAAGAAAUAGUUUUGUUCCUUAAUUUGUAAACAAGAUGUUUGUCCAGAGACAAUUACACUGUAUACCACAGUUUUUUCAUUAAACAUUGUAUUUGUUGAAAUUAUCAGAUAUAAAUUAACCUCAAAGUGAUUUAGAAAAUAAAUGUGUUUUGAACAUUA